CAAAACCUAAUCUUCUUAUUAAUCACAAAGCUAAAAGAGUUUAAGUAAACACACUAUAAAGACAGAACUAAAGUAAAGCUAUGGAUUUGUCUUCUGAAACAAAACAACUACUUAAAAACUCUCUUCCCAUCGUCGCCGGAGAGCUAACUGUCACCGGAGAAAUGGGUGUUUGUUACAAAGAGUGUUUGAAAAACCACGCGGCUAAUCUCGGCGGCCAUGCUCUCGACGGUUGCGGCGAGUUUAUGCCGAGUCCCACCGCCAAUUCCACUGACCCUUCUUCCCUCCGUUGCGCAGCCUGUGGCUGCCACCGUAACUUCCACCGCCGUGACCCUUCCGAGAAUCUCAACUUCCUCACCGCGCCGCCGAUUUCCUCUCCUUCCGGCACUGAAUCGCCGCCGUCUCGUCAUGUGUCUUCACCUGUUCCUUGCUCUUACUACACCUCAGCUCCCCCACAUCAUGUGCUUCUCUCUCUCAGCUCCGGCUUCCCUGGCCCGUCAGAUCAAGAUCCAACGGUGGGUAGGUCAGACAACAGCUCAAGAGGAGCAAUGAGGAAACGAACGAGGACCAAGUUCACGCCGGAGCAGAAGAUCAAGAUGAGAGCGUUCGCUGAGAAAGCAGGUUGGAAGAUCAACGGCUGUGAUGAAAAGUCGGUGAGGGAGUUCUGUAACGAAGUUGGGAUUGAGAGAGGAGUUCUUAAAGUGUGGAUGCAUAACAACAAGUACUCACUUCUCAACGGCAAGAACAGAGAGAUCGAACAUGGUCUGUGUCUGAACACUCACAGCUGUAACAAUGAUGGUGAUGGGUCUUCAUCUUCUUGAAAGAAAGAUUAAAGAUUUGGGUUAAACCGUAUUAGGAUACUUUAAUUUGGGAAAAUAUGAGCAUUAACCGGUUUUAAAAUCUUAUUAUGAUAGUGUUCUUUCUCUCUAACAUGUUAAUCGAUCUUGAUAUAUAUAUAUAUUUAUGCA